GGAAUGGUGUCGCCUAGCAGCCACCGCCGCUAGUGCUUGCUCCAGACGAGUUGGCGGGAUCCGGUGUCCGGGUGGAACCGCACUUGGGAGCGGUCAGGCGUGGUCCGGGGCUCGGCUUGAAGGUAAAGCACAGUGAAAGAAUUCAAGAUGCCACCUAAUAUAAACUGGAAAGAAAUCAUGAAAGUUGACCCAGAUGACCUGCCUCGUCAAGAAGAAUUGGCAGAUAAUUUAUUGAUUUCCUUAUCCAAGGUGGAAGUAAAUCAACUAAAAAGUGAAAGUCAAGAAAAUGUGAUACACCUUUUCAGAGUUACUCAGUCACUUAUGAAGAUGAAAGCUCAAGAAGUAGAGCUAGCCUUGGAAGAAGUUGAAAAAGCUGGAGAAGAACAGGCAAAAUUUGAAAAUCAAUUAAAAACAAAAAUAAUGAAACUGGAAAAUGAACUAGAGAUGGCUCAGCAUUCUGCAGGUGGACGUGAUACUAGGUUUUUACGUGAUGAAAUCCGCCAACUUGAAAAGCAACUAGAACAAAAAGAUAGAGAAUUAGAGGACAUGGAAAAGGAGUUGGAGAAAGAGAAAAAAGUUAAUGAACAAUUGGCUCUUCGAAAUGAGGAGGCAGAAAAUGAAAACAGCAAAUUAAGGAGAGAGAAUGAACAGCUUCGCCAGGAUAUUAUUGACUACCAGAAACAAGUAGACUCACAAAAAGAAACACUUUUAUCAAGAAGAGGAGAAGAUAGUGAAUACCGAUCACAAUUAUCUAAAAAAAACUAUGAACUUGUCCAAUAUUUGGAUGAAAUUCAGACUUUAACAGAAGCUAAUGAAAAAAUUGAAAUUCAGAAUCAGGAAAUGAGAAAAAACCUAGAAGAAUCAGUACAAGAAAUGGAGAAGAUGACUGAUGAGUAUAACAGAAUGAAAUCUAUUGUGCAUCAAACAGAUAAUCUAAUGGACCAGUUAAAAAAAGAGAAUGAUCAUUAUCGCCUUCAAGUGAAGGAGCUUACAGAUGUUCUGAAAGCAAAAAAUGAAGAAGACGAUCCUGUCAUGAUAGCUGUAAACGCGAAAGUAGAAGAGUGGAAGUUAAUUUUAUCUUCGAAAGAUGAUGAAAUUAUUGAAUAUCAGCAAAUGUUGUAUAACCUGAGAGAGAAAUUAAAAAAUGCCCAGCUUGACGCUGAUAAAAGUAAUGUGAUGGCUCUACAACAGGGUAUACAAGAACGAGAUAAUCAAAUUAAGAUGCUUUCUGAACAAGUAGAACAAUAUACAAAAGAAAUGGAAAAAAAUACUUUCAUUAUUGAAGAUUUGAAAAAUGAGCUCCAAAGAAACAGAGGUACUUCAACACUUUCUCAACAAACUCAUUACAUGAAAAUUCAGUCUAAGGUUCAAAUUUUAGAGGAGAAAACUAAAGAGGCUGAGAGAACAGCUGAAUUAGCUGAGGCUGAUGCCAGGGAAAAGGAUAAAGAACUUGUGGAGACUCUAAAGCGUUUAAAAGAUUAUGAAUCGGGAGUAUAUGGUUUAGAAGAUGCGGUUAUUGAAAUAAAGAAAUAUAAAAACCAAAUUAAAGUAAGAGAUAGAGAGAUUGAAGUAUUGACAAAGGAAAUCAAUAAACUGGAGUUGAAGAUCAAUGAUUUCCUUGAUGAAAAUGAAGCACUUAGGGAGCGUAUGGGUUUAAAUGUUGAGAAUAUGAGCCUAACUGAAAAUUAUUCUCAAGAGAAUAGACUAGAAGAAAGAAAACUUGAUUUUAUGAACCUCAAAAAUCUGAGUGAAACACAAGCAAAGAAUGAAAUUCUUUCAAAAGAGCUAACUGAAAAGGAAAGAGAUUUAGAAAGAAGUAAAACAGUAGUAGUCAAAUUUCAGAAUAAAUUAAAAGAAUUGGUUGAAGAAAAUAAGCAACUUGAAGAAGGUAUGAAAGAAAUAUUGCAAGCUAUUAAAGAAAUGCAGAAAGAUCCUGAUGUUAAAGGAGGAGAAACUUCUCUAAUUAUCCCUAGUCUUGAAAGACUAGUUAAUGCCAUAGAAUCAAAAAAUGCAGAAGGAAUCUUUGAUGCCAAUCUUCAUUUGAAAGCUCAAGUUGAUCAACUUACUGGGAGGAAUGAAGAAUUAAGACAAGAGCUCAGGGAAUCUCGGAAGGAGGCUAUGAAUUAUUCUCAGCAGUUGGCAAAAGCAAAUUUAAAGAUAGAUCAUCUUGAAAAAGAAACCGAGCUCUUACGGAAAUCCAAAGAAUCAAAUAUUGUUUUUAAAGGAAUAGACUUACCUGAAGGGAUAGCACCAUCUAGUGCCAACAUCAUUAAUGCACAGAAUGAGUAUUUGAUACGCCUGUUACAGGAACUAGAAUAUAAAGAAAAGAAUUUAAAGAAUUUAGAAGAUUCUCUUGAGGAUUAUAACAGAAAAUUUGCAGUAAUUCGUCAUCAACAAAGCUUAUUAUAUAAAGAAUAUCUAAGUGAAAAGGAGACCUGGAAAACAGACUCUGAAACUAUGAAAAUGGAAAAGAAAAAACUUGAGGAUCAAAUCCAACAAGAUGCUAUAAAAGUAAAAGAAUACAAUAAUUUGCUCAGUGCUCUUCAGAUGGAUACAGAUGAAAUGAAAAAAGCAUUUUCAGAAAACAGUAGAAAAAUCACAGUCUUGCAAGUGAAUGAAAAGUCACUCAUAAGGCAGUAUACUACUUUAGUAGAAAUGGAACGUCAGCUUAGAAAAGAAAAUGGGAAACAGAAGAAUGAGUUAAUGUCAAUGGAAGCUGAAGUUGGUGAAAAAAUUGGACAUUUGCAACGAUUUAAGGAAAUGGCUGUCUUCAAGAUUGCAGCUCUCCAGAAGGUUAUAGAUAAUAGCGUCUCUCUGUCUGAACUAGAGUUGGCCAAUAAGCAAUAUAAUGACCUCACUGCUAAGUACAGGGACCUUUUACAAAAAGAUAAUAUGCUUGUUCAAAGAACAAAUAACUUGGAACACUUAGAGUGUGAAAAUGCAUCCCUAAAAGAACAAAUGGAAUCUAUAAAUAAAGAACUAGAGAUUACCAAGGAAAAACUUCACACUAUUGAACAAGCUUGGGAACAAGAAACUAAGUUAGGAAAUGAAUCUAACAUGGAUAAGGCAAAAAAAUCAAUAACCAACAGUGAGAUUGUUUCUAUUUCAAAAAAAAUCACUAUGCUGGAGAUGAAGGAAUUAAACGAAAGGCAGCGGGCUGAACAUUCUCAAAAAAUGUAUGAACACAUAAGGACUUCAUUAAAGCAAAUGGAAGAACGUAAUUUUGAAUUGGAAACCAAAUUUGCUGAGCUUACUAAAAUCAAUUUAGAAGCACAGAAGGUGGAACAGAUGUUAAGAGAUGAAUUAGCUGAUAGCGUGAGCAAGACAUUAAGUGAUGCUGACAGGCAACGGAUUCUAGAAUUAGAGAAGAAUGAAAUGGAACUAAAAGUUGAAGUGUCAAAACUGAGAGAAAUUUCUGACAUUGCCAAAAGACAAGUUGAAAUUUUGAAUGCACAGCAGCAGUCCAGGGAAAAGGAAGUAGAGUCCAUCAGAAUGCAGCUCUUACACUACCAGGCACAGUCAGAUGAAAAGGCGCUAAUUGCCAAGUUGCACCAACAAAUUGUCUCUCUUCAAGUCAGUGAGGCUACUGCUCUCUGUAAAUUGGAGUCGACUGCAUCUAAGCUACAGAAGACGGAGGCCUGUAAUUUACGCUUAGAGCAGAAACUUGAUGAAAAAGAACAGGCUCUCUAUUAUUCACGCUUGGAGGGGAGAAAUAGAGCCAAACAUCUUCGCCAGACUAUUCAGUCUUUACGGCGACAGUUUAGCGGAGCAUUACCCUUGGCACAACAAGAAAAGUUCUCUAAAACAAUGAUUCAGUUGCAAAAUGACAAACUUCAGAUAAUGCAAGAAAUGAAAAAAUCUCAGCAAGAACGUCAAAAUAUGGAGAACAAAACAUUGGAGAUGGAAUUAAAGUUAAAGGGGCUGGAAGAAUUAAUAAGCACUUUAAAGGAUGCCAGGGGAGCCCAGAAGGUAAUCAACUGGCAUAUGAAAAUAGAAGAACUUCGUCUUCAAGAACUUAGAUUAAAUCGAGAAUUAGUCAAGGAUAAAGAAGAAAUAAAAUAUUUGAAUAAUAUAAUUUCUGAAUAUGAGCAUACAAUUAGCAGCCUAGAAGAAGAAAUUGUGCAGCAAAACAAGUUUCAUGAAGAAAGACAAAUGGCAUGGGAUCAAAGAGAAGUUGAGCUGGAACGUCAACUAGAUAUUUUUGACCGUCAGCAAAGUGAAAUACUGAAUGCAGCACAAAAGUUUGAAGAGGUUACAGGAUCAAUGCCAGACCCUAGUUUGCCUCUUCCAAAUCAACUUGAGAUUGCUCUGAGAAAAAUUAAGGAGAACGUUCGAAUAAUCCUAGAAACACGAGCAACUUGCAAAUCACUAGAAGAGAAGCUAAAAGAAAAAGAAUCUGCUUUACGGUCAGCAGAACAAAAUAUUCUAUCAAGAGACAAGGUUAUCAACGAGCUGAGACUUCGAUUACCUGCCACUGUAGAACGAGAAAAGCUUAUUGCUGAGCUAGGUAGAAAAGAAAUAGAACCAAAAUCACAUCACACAAUGAAAAUUGCUCAUCAGACCAUUGCAAACAUGCAAGCAAGGUUAAAUCAAAAAGAAGAAGUUCUAAAGAAGUAUCAACAUCUUCUUGAAAAAGCCAGAGAGGAACAAAGAGAAAUUGUUAAGAAACAUGAAGAAGACCUUCAUAUUCUUCAUCAUAAGUUGGAACUACAGGCUGACAGUUCACUCAAUAAAUUUAAACAGACAGCUUGGGAGUUAAUAAAGCAAUCUCCUGCUCCAGUUGUUACCAGUAAGCAUUUUAUUCGUCUGGCUGAGAUGGAACAGACAGUGGCAGAACAAGAUGACUCUCUCUCUUCACUUUUGAUGAAACUAAAAAAAGUAUCCCAAGAGUUAGAGCAACAAAAAGAAAUCACUGAAUUAAAAAUCAAAGAAUUUGAAAAUGUCAAAUUACGGCUCCAAGAAAACCAUGCAGAUGAAGUAAAAAAAGUGAAAACAGAAGUAGAGGACUUACGGUCCCUUCUGGCCCAGUCACAAAAAGAGUCACGAAGUUUAAAAUCUGAACUGCAGGCUCAAAAAGAAGCAAAUUCAAGAGCUCCAACAACUACAAUGAGAAAUCUAGUGGAAAGACUUAAGAGCCAAUUAGCCUUAAAAGAGAAACAACAAAAAGCACUUAGUCGUGCCCUUUUAGAACUUCGGGGAGAGAUGACAGCAGCAGCUGAAGAACGUAUUAUUUCUGCAACUUCUCAGAAAGAGGCAAAUCUCAAUGUUCAACAAAUUGUUGAUCGUCAUACAAAAGAGCUAAAGUCACAAAUUGAAGAUUUAAGUGAAAAUCUUUCAAAAUUGAAAGAAGCUCUUAAAACAAGUAAAAAUAGAGAGAACUCACUAACUGAUAAUUUGAGUGACAUUACCAAUGAACUACAAAAGAAACAAAAAGCCUAUAAUAAAAUUCUUAAAGAGAAAGAUGAAAUUGAGCAAGAGAAUGAUGAACUAAAAAGGCAAAUUAAAAGACUAACCAGUGGAUUACAGAGCAAACCUUUCACAGAUAAUAAACAAAGCCUAGUUGAAGAACUACAAAAGAAAAUUAAAAAACUGGAAAGCCAGUUGGAAAGAAAGAUGAAUGAGGUAGAAAUAAAGCCUAUAAAGGAAAAGAAUGCUAAAGAAGAAUUAAUUAGGUGGGAAGAAGGUAAAAAAUGGCAAACCAAAGUAGAGGGAAUUCGAAACAAGUUGAAAGAGAAAGAAGGAGAAGUCUACAUUCUAACAAAACAGUUGAAUACUUUGAAGGAUCUUUUUGCCAAAGCUGACAAAGAGAAACUUACUUUGCAGAGGAAACUAAAAACAACUGGCAUAACCGUUGAUCAGGUUAUGGGAGUACGUGCUUUGGAGUCAGAAAAAGAGUUGGAAGAAUUAAAGAAGAGAAAUCUUGACUUAGAAAAUGACCUAUCAUAUAUGAGGACCCACCAAGCCCUUUCUCGAGAUUCUGUUAUAGAAGAUUUACGUUUGCAAAACAGGUACCUCCAGGAAAAACUUCAUACUUUAGAAAAACAGUUUUCAAAGGACACAUUUUCUAGGCCGUCAAAUUCAGAACUAGAGUCAGAUGAUCGUAGCCAAAGAGAACAGGAACUUCAGAAGGAAAAUUUGAAGUUGUCAUCUGAAAAUAUUGAACUAAAAUUUCAGCUUGAACAAGCAAAUAAAGAUUUGCCGAGACUAAAGAAUCAAGUAAGCGAUCUGAAGGAACUGUGUGAAUUUCUUAAGAAAGGAAAAGCAGAAGUUGAGCGGAAACUUGGCCAUGUGAGAGGGUCUGGUAGAAGUGGAAAAACAAUCCCAGAACUAGAAAAAACCAUUGGUUUAAUGAAAAAGGUAGUUGAAAAAGUCCAAAGAGAAAAUGAACAGUUGAAGAAAGCGUCAGGAAUAUUGACGAGUGAAAAAAUGGCUAACAUUGAGCUAGAAAAUGAAAAGUUGAAGGCUGAAUCAGAGAAACUUAAAGUUCAUCUUGGACGUCAGUUGAGCAUGCAUUAUGAAUCCAAGACCAAAGGCACAGAGAAAAUUGUUGCUGAAAAUGAAAGGCUUCGUAAAGAACUUAAAAAAGAAACUGAAGCCGCAGAGAAAUUGCGAAUAGCUAAGAAUAAUUUAGAGAUUUUAAAUGAGAAGAUGACAGUUCAACUAGAAGAAACUGGUAAAAGAUUGCAACUUGCAGAAAGCAGAGGUCCACAGCUUGAAGGUGCUGACAGUAAGAGUUGGAAAUCAAUUGUUGUCACAAGAAUGUAUGAAACCAAGUUGAAAGAACUGGAAACUGAUAUUGCCAAAAAAGCCCAAAGUCUUACUGAUCUUAAACAACUUGUAAAAGAAAUGACAGAGAGGGAACAGAAAGUUAAAAAAUACACCGAAGACCUUGAGCAACAGAUUGAGAUUCUCAAACAUGUUCCUGAAGGUGCUGAGACAGAGCAAGGCCUCCACCGGGAGCUUAAAGUUCUUAGAUUAGCUAAUAGUCAGCUGGCAAAAGAAAAUGCAGAAUUAAUUCAUCAACUAGAAGUUAACAAAAAUCAAGGUGGAGCUGAUGGCACCAUACCUGAUACUGGUCAACUAAAAGAAACGGUAAAAGAUCUAGAAACACAGCUCAAAACCUCAACUCUAGAAAAGCAGCAUUUGAAGGAGGAAAUAAAGAAGCUGAAGAAAGAACUGGAAAAUUUUGAUCCUUCAUUUUUUGAAGAAAUUGAAGAUCUGAAGUAUAAUUACAAAGAAGAAGUGAAAAAAAAUAUUCUCUUAGAAGAGAAGUUAAAAAAACUUUCAGAACAAUUUGGGGUUGAAUUAACUAGUCCUAUUGCUAUUUCUGAGCAGUUUGAAGAUGAAGAGGAAAGUCCCGUUAAUUUCCCCAUUUAUUAAAGACCACCUACUGCUAUAG